GCGGCCCCACUCACCCACUCACCCACCCACCCACCGGCAACCAUGAUGUCGGCGCUGACAGGCCGCAGCCUCCUGGCCGGCAAGUGUCGGGCGGCGGCGGCCCGGUGCAGGGUCCGGCCGGCCAGCGGCGGCUCCACCUGGGACCGGGAGCCCGGCAAGAACAAGUUCAGGGAGACGGUGCUGCUGCCCCGCACCGAGCUCCCCAUGCGGCUCAGCGGGAGGCAGCUGCCCGACAAGGAGCUGCAGAUCCAGCGGGAAUGCGGUUUCUCAGAGCUGUACACUUGGCAAAGAAAUAGGAAAGGCAAGGAAUUUUGUAUCCAUGAUGGACCACCUUAUGCUAACGGAGAUCCUCAUGUUGGUCAUGCCUUAAAUAAAAUACUAAAGGAUAUCACAAAUAGAUUCCAGAUGAUGAGAGGUAAAAUAGUUCAUUUCAUACCAGGAUGGGAUUGUCAUGGAUUACCUAUUGAGCUAAGAGCUUUGGCAGAAUGUGGUGAACAAGCCAAAACACUCUCUCCUAUGGAAAUCAGACAAAAAGCCAGAGAAUUUGCAGAAAGAACAAUUGAACGCCAGCGUGCAGCAUUCAUCCGAUGGGGUGUGAUGGCAGAUUGGGACAACUGUUAUUACACUUUUGACAAGCAAUAUGAAGCCAAACAAUUAGAAGUUUUCCACCAAAUGUUUGACAAGGGAUACAUUUAUCAAGACUAUAAACCUGUAUUUUGGUCGCCUUCUACAAGGACUGCUUUGGCAGAAGCUGAACUUGAAUACAAUCAACAGCAUGUUAGUCGAUCGGUAUAUGUCAAGUUUCCACUCUUAAAAACUCCAUCCAAAAUUACUUCAGAGAAUGCAUCCUCUAUUAAUGCACUGAUAUGGACAACCCAGCCUUGGACCAUUCCAGCUAACCAGGCCGUUUGUUAUAUGCCAAAUGCCAAGUACUCCCUAGUGAAGUGCUUAAACACAGAAGAGCUCUACCUUCUGGGUGCAGAAUGCAUAGAUUCCACAGCAGCUAUUCUGGAGACACAGUUUGAAAUUCUUCAGACGGUCAAUGGUUCUGAUUUGGAGGGUGGAGUUUGUACCCACCCCACAAUUCCGGGAAGACAGUCUCGACUUUUGCCUGCUAACCAUGUGACAAUGCAGAAAGGGACAGGAUUGGUACAUACAGCACCAGCUCAUGGAAUGGAAGAUUACAGUGUAGCUUCUCAACAUGAACUUUCUGUUGACUGUUUAGUGGAUGAAGAUGGAAUUUUCACCGAAGCAGCAGGAUCAGACCUUCAGAACAAGUUUGUCCUUACUGAAGGAAAUGAAACAGUCAUCCAAAUGUUGCAAGGAUCGAAAAUGCUACUGAAAGAGGACGAUGUUCAGCAUAGUUAUCCAUAUGACUGGCGAACAAAGAAACCAGUCAUUAUACGGUCCAGUAAACAAUGGUUCAUAGAUACUGGAAAAAUUAAGGACCAGGCCCAGGAGUUAUUGAAGAAGGUUAAAAUGGUACCACAAUCAGCAAUGAAUAGCAUGCUUGCCAUGUUGGACAGACGAACAUAUUGGUGCAUUUCGAGGCAGAGAUGCUGGGGAGUUCCCAUUCCAGUUUUCUACCACAAAGAAACUGCAGAACCACUCAUUAACAAAUACACAAGGGAUCACCUCAUCAAUCUGAUGAAAGAACAUGGUACGGACUGUUGGUGGACUCUACCUUUGGACCAACUCUUGACAAAGGAAAUUUUAAUAAAGAGUGGAGGCUCUGAUGUGUCAAAUUAUGUCAAGGGAGAGGAUAUCUUGGAUAUUUGGUUUGACAGUGGCAUCUCAUGGGCAAAUGUGUUGUCAGAUGUAGACAAUAUUGCCGAUGUCUACCUUGAGGGGAAGGACCAGCUGGGUGGAUGGUUUCAGUCCUCUCUGCUCACCAGCGUGGCUGUGAAAAAACAGGUUCCAUUUAGAAAACUGAUUGUUCAUGGAUUUACCCUCAAUGAAACUGGUGAAAAGAUGUCCAAAUCUCUGGGAAAUGUGGUGGAUCCUGAUAUUGUUAUUAAUGGAGGGCAGGAUCUCAACCAAGACCCACCCUAUGGAGCAGACAUCCUUCGCUGGUGGGUGGCAGAAUCCAAUGUCUUCACAGAAGUGUUAAUUGGACAAAAAAUAUUGCAAGCAGCGAAAGAGGAUGUCUUUAAGUUGCGGAAUACUUUACGAUUUUUGCUGGGGAACCUUUAUAAUUUCAAUCCUGAGAUUGAUAGAGUUUCAAAUGAAGAAAUGCUCUUAGUGGAUCAGUAUAUGCUUCAUCUCCUUCAAGAUUAUGGCAUCAAGGUUACAGAGGCUUACAAAGAAUAUGAUUUUGGAAAGGUUAUUCGCCUUAUGCUAGCAUUUAUUAACAGAGAACUUUCAAACUUCUACUUCAGCAUCAUCAAAGAUCGAUUGUAUUGUGAAGAUGAAAAACAUCCCAAGCGUCGAUCAUGUCAGACAGUUUUAGAUGAAGCGUUAGAUGUAAUCACACGUUCUGUAGCGCCAAUUCUGCCUCACCUUGCAGAGGAAAUAUUUCAACAUCUAUCAAACACAAAAGAGCCUUUGAGUGUGUUUCACACUGGCUGGAUAAAGACCAGUUCUGUCUGGAAGAAGCCAGGCAUAGUGGAAGCUAUCGAAGGUGCUUGUGCAAUAAGAGAUAGCUUCUUGAGCUCUAUCCCGGGCAAAAAUACAUCAGAAUAUGAUGUAACCAUUAUCAUUGAGCCAAGUCUACUGCUGGAAUUGAUGGAGCAAUUACAGAAAGAUCAAGUAUCCAGUACUUCAGAACUGAAUGAAUUAAUGAUGGCAUCACACACAACACUACUAACAAGUGUUCCUCGUGACCUUCCUGCUGAUACAGAUCUAAUUGAAGGAAAAUUUAUAAUCAAUUUGGAAGGUGGCGAUCUUAUUGAAGAAUCACGAUAUGUAGUCAUUGUUCAACAUGCUGCCAAAGAAAAAUGUCCUCGCUGUAAAAAGUAUACAUCAGAUAUGGCACUAAAUCCAUGCCCUCGUUGUUUGGAAGUCAUUGCAGGGAAGUGGACCACGUAAUUUAUAUACUGGGAAAGGACUAUUUCUAAUUACUGGAAGAAAUGGCUAUUACAUAAUCUACAGCUAUCUUUCUGAGGAAGUCCUUUUCUUCAGAUAUGCACCCUCUCCCCACCCUGCAAUCUUUGAAAGUGAAUCUAUAAACAACUUUGUUUGGACAUUUUGAAUUCAAAAAUUUUCAAAAUGAAUAUAAAAAUCAUUGUGCUCCAUGAGUAUUAUUGGUCAGCAUUACAAGUGUACAAAACUGACUGCUGAACAUAUUCAUUAGGAGUAGAAACUUUGAUUGUUCUCAGAUAGUCGUGCAAUAUGCCGGUACACAAAAAAAUGCUGGAGAAACUCAGCGGGUGCAGCAGCAUCUAUGGAGCGAAGGAAAUAGGCAACGUUCCGGGCCGAAACCCUUCUUCAGACAUUUGCCUGUUGGUUUGAAAUUUGAUUAUACUUCACAGUUCUAAGCAAACCUCUUAAUCGACUGUUGAACACAGUUAAGAAUAAUCCAUGUGUAGGUAAUCAAAUUUUCUGUUUCAUUUGUAAUAUCAGAUGAGGUUAAAGUUUCUACGAUAUUUUUGCUUUUUUAAAGUAACCUGCGCAAAGCAUAUAAUUAUGGCAGAAACCUAAAGUUGUCGCAAAAAUAUACCAAGUCAUCCACAAAUGAAAUUUAAUAAGUUUACGGUAAUGUUUCUAUUGUCUUGUCAUGCUGCAGCUUGAUGAGGAAUUAAGUUGUGCGUCAAUUAAAAGUAACCAGUGUUUUUUGGACUGAAGAAA